CUGGUAGCCUACUAUAUUUAAGCAGCUGUCUUAGAGCAGAGGCAGUAUUCAAGGCUUGGAGUCUGUCUGGCUUUCCUGGCUGUACAGGCAUUUUCAGAAAGAUCUCACUUCUCAUCAGACCUGCUGCUAAAGGUUUGAUUCCUGGGCCUAAAUGCUUUCAGACAGGAAGAUGUAUUCAAUAUUGAACAGGCAUCAGAAAAAGAGUGGGUUCAAGCUGCUUCCCGUGGUGAUCAUAGGGAAUGGACCUUCAGGAAUCUGUCUCUCAUAUUUGCUGUCAGGCUACACCCCUUACUUCAAAAGAGAGUCUCUUCAUCCUCAUCCUAUUCUUCAGAAGAAACUAGAAGAGGCUCCAGAUGUCUCCAUUUUGGACCAGGAUUUGGAGUAUCUGUCUGAAGGUUUGGAGGGACGAUCCCACAGCCCUGUGUCUCUUCUGUUUGAUACUCUUCUGCGUCCAGACACAGACUUUGGUGGAACAGCAGAAUCUGUCCUCACUUGGUGGCACGAGACUGACAGAGCCAUUCCUCACCUGGUCCUUGGCAGAAACCCUCCUGGAGGUGCCUGGCAUUCUAUUGAGGGCUCUAUGGUUACUCUGAGCAGAGGGGAAUGGAUGGGACUCCCGGAUCUCCAGUUCAAAGACUGGCUAAGGCAAAAGAAAAGAGGCCUUAGAAACAACAGAGCCACAGCAGAAGACAUUGCUCAAUACUACCAACAUUAUGUGAUGAAGAAAGGGCUGCAGAAGAACUUUAGAUGUGGGACUGUUGUAACCUCUGUGAGGAAAGUGAGUGCAGAGGGCAUCUCCAACCACAUGCAGGAAGAUCUGCAGAAGAGCGACUCCCUCUGGAACUUCACUGAGGAGGGUAUGGAGGUCUUUCAGGUGGAUGGAUUUGUCAAAACUGUCCAAGGUGAUAAGGAGCCCUUCUCUAUCUAUGCAGAAAAUGUAGUCUUGGCUACUGGAACAUACGAUAGUCCCACUUGGCUGGGGGUCAAGGGAGAGAACCUUUCCUAUGUCCAUCACCAGCUCUCUGCCCUAGAGGAAGCAGUGAAGAACAACAGUAUUGGUAUCACGUCAGACCCAGUCUUGAUUGUAGGUGCUGGUUUGACAGCCGCUGAUGCAAUUCUCUUUGCUCACCACUGCAAUAUUCCAGUAAUUCAUGUUUUCCGGAGGCGAGUCAGUGAUCCAGGUCUUAUUUUUAACCAGCUACCCAAAAUGAUGUAUCCUGAAUACCACAAAGUCCAUCAGAUGAUGAAAGAACAGUCAGCUGCUUGUGCUGGGCCAUAUGAGUGUUACGUUAGCCUACCUGAACAUCAUGUACUAUCUUUUGGCAAGGACAAGAAAUGCAUCUUUCAAGACAAGAAUGGCUACCAGAAAGCUUAUAAAAUUUCCAUGGCUCUUGUUCUAACUGGUUCAAAUCCCAACCUCUCAUUUCUGCCAAAUAAUGGCAUUUAUUUGGCAAUGGACAGCGACCAACCAGUCAAUCCCAAGAGGAAUCCCAUAGAUGUUGACCCAUUCACCUAUGAAUGCACUCAGGAGAAAGGGCUUUAUGCCCUGGGACCUCUAGCUGGAGAUAACUUUGUACGCUUUGUGCAGGGAGGGGCUCUGGCUGCUGCCAGCUCUCUCUUAAAGAAAGCAAACAAAAAUCCCCCCUAACAAAAAAGCCCCCCUGUGCUAACAGUGUCUGAAUGGGUUACUACUGUUUUCUUAGAGAAUCUGAUAUGUACAUCCUCAAAUGUGAAGCCCACUCCUGGUAUUCUCCAAGGUUCUGUGGAGAGUUACUGAGUUAUUCGGGAAGAUUAAGUCACCAACUGGAGUGGGUUUCACUCAUGGCAGUACCUUUAGUCCAUGGGGAUUCAGCUCCUUUCCUGCACAGCUGUGCGUGGAGGCAGCAGGGGCAUUGAAUCUUGUGCCUGGAGAGGCGGGGGGCAAGUUAGUGAUUGCUCUUCUAUGUUGACACCUUCCAGGUUGCUGAAAAUUGAAUUGGGAAACAAUCAAAGUCAAUUAUUUCCAGCCAGCCUGCUGACAGCCCUGAGUCUGUCAGUCUUACAGUGUUUGUGAUGAAACAAAGCAAGCCAAUCUGUUUCUGGUUGCUCCUGUGGCUCAGCUAUAUGUUCUUAUUAGACCAGAAUUCACUGAAAGAAGUGGUAUUCUGCAGAUAAACUGGCACAGAAACAGCGUCAAAACUGUAUUAUCUCACUGACAACACCAGCAACAUGUAAUAUCUAAUAUCUUUUUAUUCAAAAAAUUUCUGUGAUUUUUUUUUUCCCUUUGGGGAAGUGAUGGUACUGACUCACAAAAAUCUGGUUUGCCAUCUUGCAGCUUUUUACGAACUCCUAAAAUGCGAUGGCCAAAUUCCUGGCAGCUGCUGUAGAGACAGCAGGACUGAAGGGGAGCUACUGCUCUGUCCUGAAGUUCUGCCGAGGUCCUGUGUGGGGCUUCUGCUGCACAGAGGAUUUCAGAGAGAAGCAAUAAGUUGUGUACUGUCGUGUGAAUUUCUAAUGUAAUGUCAUCUUCUAAUAACGUUGUGUAUUAAGGGGAAAUGGCACAGUCACUUUCUGAUGGUUUAUGGUAAAUAGUAUGAUUUUUAUACUGAUCUUUCUAAAAAAAAUUUCUAGCAAAGCAUCUUCCUACAGGCUUUCAGUCAGUGUUUUGAAUGAGCUGGGAUGGGUGGAAAUGAUGCCUUAUGUUGCCAACAGCAUUCUCAACAGACCUACAAGGCCUUGUGUACCUCUCCUAGGAGUUACAGCUAAUCUUAUUCAAUGUAAAGACACUCUGCUCCUUGUGUCGUACUGAAACUUGCUGAUGUGACAGGAUGCUGCACGUAUCUCUGGAAAGCUGUGUAUGUGGCUGUUCUUAAAAGAAUCCUCUUCAAAUUGUGCAGGGAGAUGUGUAAGGAGCUUGUCUGCAGUGUUGCUGUAUCACUCCUGAAUGUCGUUACCACUGACUUGUAUGAAAUGUUUUUCAAUAAAGUGAUUUCAGACUUA